AUGAACUCUCACACGCCUCGCCCAUUCCCAGGGCGAUCAAUACCAGGAGGGUCCAACCAGCACUCGCAGCAACGGAACCCCCCCGCGCCGCAGGUCUCUUCGAACGAGGACUACGGCAACAUCGCCGACGAGGAUCGCGAACACAUUGACGAAGUCUUCGACCUGAUGGACAUGAAGAAGAAAGGCUGGCUCAACAGCUACGAAUUCAAACACUCCCUCGCCGCGCUGGGCUUCGACAUGCCCAAGCCCGACUACUGCAGAGAACUCGAACACUACGGCACGGUGCCGCCCGACUGGCGAGAUCCCCACAGCUGUCCCGUCAACCGCCUGCUCAUCUACCCCGACCAGUUCCGGUUAUGCGCCGCGAAGCUCAUCGCCAGGCGGGACCCGCGCGAGGAGGCGAUCAAGGUGUUCAACAUGUUCGACUACGACCAGGACGGCAUCAUCUCGGUCGAGGACAUGCGGCAUCUCGCUCAGGACAUCAAGGAAGAGCGCACAAUGACGGACGAAGAGAUACAGACCAUGAUAGAACACCUCGACCACGACGGCAAAGGCGGAGUGAACUUGGAAGAGUUCAUACAGAUGAUGGAGGAGGCUGGUUAG